AGAAGAAGUAGCAGCCCGUGGCCAGCUCCGGCAGCUGUAAUCAUGUCCAAACAAAAACAGAAACGUGCCAAACGUCUCGGAUUUCUUGGAAAGUUUAAGGGGAAAGAUGGACAGAAAGCUGACGCGUCGGGACGGGUCAGAAACACGGAACCAGACUCCAGAAAAGCAGAGGACGUCAGGCAGAGCAGGCUUCAAGAUCUUCAGGAAAAGCAGAAGUUGUCCAGAGAACGUGAGAUGAUGAAGAGGAGAAAUUUGCAGAGCUUUCAGAAUGACAUCCUACAGCGACAGCAACAGUUUGAGCAAAGGGAGGCAGAGAUGCUCAGUCUGGAAAAGAACGUUAACUUUGAAAAUGAGAAUUCAAGAAAGGCAUAUUACAGAGAAUUUAAAAAGGUGGUGGAGGCUUCAGAUGUGAUUUUGGAGGUUUUGGAUGCACGUGACCCUCUGGGCUGCAGAUGUCCUCAGGUGGAGCAGGCGGUCAUCCAGAGUGGCACCAACAAGAAGAUAGUCUUAGUCCUUAAUAAGAUUGAUUUGGUUUCAAAGGAAAUUGUGGAAAAGUGGAUCAAGUAUCUCCGAAGUGAGUUUCCUACUGUGGCUUUCAAAGCCUCUACUCAGCAACAGACAAAGAACCUGAAACGCAGUAGCGUGCCAGUGACACAAGCCACCAAAGAGCUUCUGGUCACCAGUGCGUGCCUGGGAGCAGACUGCCUCAUGAAGCUGCUGGGGAACUACUGCCGUAACCUGGACAUCAAGACGGCCAUCACUGUAGGAGUUGUAGGAUUCCCUAAUGUGGGAAAGAGUAGUCUGAUCAACAGUCUGAAACGUGCACGUGCAUGCAGUGUUGGAGCAACUCCCGGUGUCACAAAGUGUCUUCAAGAGGUGCAUUUGGACAAACACAUUAAGCUCCUGGAUUGUCCUGGAAUAGUCAUGGCAACAUCCACGUCCGACGCAGCAAUGAUUCUUCGUAACUGUGUGAAAAUCGAGCAGCUUGUGGAUCCACUUCCACCCGUCGAGGCGAUCCUGCGGCGCUGCAACAAGGCAGAGAUCAUGGAGCAUUACGGCGUUGCAGAAUUUCAUACGCCUCUGGAGUUCUUGGCGCUGCUGGCCAAGCGGCAAGGCAAGCUCAGGAAGGGAGGCCUGCCUGACACCGACAAGGCAGCCAAGAGCGUGUUGAUGGACUGGACAGGCGGAAGGAUCAGCUACUUCACACACCCUCCAGAGACGCACACACUCCCAACACACGUCAGCGCUGAAAUUGUUACACAGAUGUCUAAAGCCUUUGACUGGGAUGAGCUGGAAAAAGGAAAUCGAGAGGUUCUUGCAGAAUCCUCUUGUCCUGACGUCCAGAUGGGAUUCUGCAUGGAAGCUGCUGGAAUGACACAAGGAGGUCCGGGUGAGCCCCACGGUGACCUAGAAAUGGAAGGUGGGUCAGCGGGAGAGCCAUCAGCUAAAGAUGAGACUGAAGUUAUGGACGAUGAUCAAGACCCAGAGUUUGGACCGAUGACAGUGGAAAUAAAACCCCAGAAGACGACUAACUUGCCUCCAAAUGAAGCUGCUCCCAGGGUUCCAGAUUUCAGAGAUAUUGUGAAGGUAGAUCCUUUAAAUCAAGGCCAGGCCCUCCUCGCUGCCAACAAGAAGAGGAAAAAGCAACAGAAAAGAGCUGACAAACUUGCCACUAAACUGUCAGACACACUCACGUCUGCGAUGGACUUCUCAUUUGCAGAUUGAUGAUUAAAAUGAAUGUUGAAAGACAA